CCCUGCUAUUCAAUGACAGCAAGUGCAACAGCGGAAAGAAAAAUAUGUGCAGGAAGCUUAUUUUAGUGAUUUUGGUGGAAUUAUUCACAUUUUUGUAAUUUUUUUUACGUUCAAUAAGUUUCUAAUGGUCCAAUUGGAAAUAUGUCGUGACAAAGUUAACCUUUCCUUAAGUGCUUCCAUGUAAAUGUGUGUUAGUUAUGUUAGUAUUGACCUCGAAUGAACUGAAGUUGAGCGACCUCCCAAGAACAUCAAUGUAGCAGAAAGCAGCAUAAAAGAAUACAAAUAAAUCAGUGAGAAUAAUCAGUCAUAGUUUUAUAUUAAUAUAUAGACCAAACAAAAUCUAUAGCGUUAAUAUUAACGCAUAUCGUCAGAUAUGGGAGCAAGUGGUUUCAAAAACGAAGAUAACAAAACAGCAGCAACAAUUGUUCAUCACGUUACUGGAAGCGGUAAUGGUACAAGUGGUGGUGGAGUAGCGAACACAGCAACAGCGACCAAUAUGAGCAUUGAAACGUGUCUGGUGUGUGGGGAUCGUGCUUCAGGUCGACAUUAUGGAGCUAUUUCAUGUGAAGGUUGUAAAGGCUUUUUCAAGCGUUCAAUACGCAAACAAUUGGGAUAUCAGUGUCGAGGAUCCAUGAACUGUGAAGUUACCAAGCAUCAUCGCAAUCGUUGCCAAUUCUGCCGUCUCCAGAAAUGUUUAGCCAGCGGAAUGCGAAGUGAUUCUGUUCAACAUGAACGUAAGCCGAUCGUUGAUAAGAAGGAGUUUGCCGGAAGCUCUUCUUCUGGAUCAUCCAAUUCAACAGUGACCAAUGCUGCGGCAGCUGCCGCCGUUUUGGGUGCUAACAAUGCUGCAACGGGUAGCGGGAGUUUGCUCUUCGGUCACAAUCUUACUACAAACGCUGCUACUGUCAACAAGUCUGAGGCACCAACUACUUCAAAGCCUUCUAUAUUCUCUUAUAAUAUGACUCUGCCGGAAAUGAGACAAGCAUUUGUAAACAACACAGAUGUUUCAGUUCCACCUUUACCUUUUCAUCUAACAUUUGCCGAAAUGAGACAAAUUAUAGAAAAUGCAAAGAACUUCCAACAAGAAAAACAGGUUCCCAUUCAAAAUCCACCACCACAGUCACUUUACUUUUCCCCCGACUUGCCGAAAGCUGAUGAUGAAGAGGACGAUGAUGAUGAGUCCAUGGACAAUAGCAGCACCACGUGUUUGCAAAAUUUAACUACCAAUGCAAAUAAUAACAAUACACAAAACUUAAAUCUCAAUAUAGACGCGAUACACAGUCCUGCCACAGCAGUCGGGCAAAUACAAACUGCUUUGGAUAGAUGUAUCAUUGAGAAAGCAUUGCAAUUGCUGAUCCCCAUUCAAAAUCAGUUGGACCGUUUGUCCUUAGCAGCUGGUAAUGGUUGUCCGGGCGGCUCCCCAGCUAUCAAAAAUGAAAUAACUGAUGACGACAUGGGCGAAGAUAGCAGCGCAGACGAUGAAUAUGAAGUAGCUGAAACAAUACUUGGUGUGGCAAAUACAAAGGAAUUCGUUGUAAAUGAAUGUAUCUUCGAAAACGAAAUAUUGACCAGCGCUCAAGCUGCUUUCAAUCUGCAAACCCCCACAUUAAUGUCCGCCUAUCUCAAUUUGCACUAUAUAUGCGAAACUGGUUCUCGUGUAAUUUUCCUUAGCAUAUAUUGGAUGCGUAAAAUAGCAGCAUUCGAUCAACUCGAUGGGCGUACGCAAAUCAAAUUGUUGCGAGCUAGCUGGCCUGGCUUGCUAGCGAUAGCAUUGGCACAAGUGCGAAGUCUUUCAAUUACCACAAUUAUCACCACACUCGUGGCAAAUGUACGACAAUUGGCAGAGGUUGACAAAAUCGAACCACAAAAAAUACGAAAACUCAGUGAGCAUAUAGCACGCAUACAUUCCUACAUUCAAGAGACGCUAGCAUUAGAUUUGGAUGAUAUGGAAUUUGCUUUUCUUCGUCUCGCUAUUUUCUUCAAUCCACAUAUGCUGUUGAGAAAGCGUGAACGCAAUGUGCGAGAUUUUGUGCGUCGUGUACAACUAUAUGUACUAUCCAGUCUUCGUAAACAUAUUGCUAGCCAAUUGGAUGACGAGCAACAAGCAGAGGAACGUUUUAGUACACUAAUAAUCACACUUUUACCACUAGCUGCCUUGGAGUCGGACGUUAUUGAGGAAUUAUUUUUUUCCAAUUUAAUAGGGCAAGUGCAAAUCGACAAUAUGAUCCCCUAUAUUUUAACUUUGAGCGCUAACACUAGCCUUUAACUACUACAUUUGUUUAAAACCAUAAAAUAUCAUCGUGGUUUUGUCAACCAUUAGCUAUUGAAUAAUGAGCAGCAAAUUUAACUAGUUUGAGUCGGAGAAUUCAAUCUUAUUUAUUAAUUCAACAAGAUGGACAAUGCCUUCGUUUAGCUUGUAUGUGUUUGGAGCCAAAUGGCGUAGUA